AGGAAGGCUGGGACCCGGGGCAAGGCUGCAGCCACCAAGCAGGCUCAACGUGGCUCUUCCAACGUCUUCUCAAUGUUCGAACAAGCCCAGAUUCAGGAAUUCAAGGAAGCCUUCAGCUGCAUUGACCAGAAUCGAGAUGGCAUCAUCUGCAAGUCAGACCUGAAGGAGACCUAUUCCCAGCUCGGGCGGGUAAGCGUCCCAGAGGAGGAACUGGACGCCAUGCUGCAGGAAGGGAAGGGCCCCAUCAACUUCACGGUCUUCCUCACACUCUUUGGGGAGAAACUCAAUGGGACGGACCCUGAGGAAGCCAUCCUGAGCGCUUUCCGAAUGUUUGACCCCAGCGGCCAGGGGGUGGUGAACAAGGACGAGUUCAAGCAGCUUCUCCUGACCCAGGCAGACAAGUUCUCUCCUGCUGAGGUGGAGCAGCUGUUUGCCCUGACACCCAUGGACCUGGCAGGCAACAUCGACUACAAGUCCCUCUGCUACAUCAUCACCCAUGGCGAUGAGAAAGAGGAGUAG